GGACGGUUGCUUUUUAUCUGCAUUACACAGACUUCAGAGAUUCAUAUCACCACCACUCUUAAGAGUUCAUGAAUACAUCUUUUGGAAAACAGCUUAAAAUGAAAUAUUAUGAGAUAUUUCUCUUUCUUCUAUUAAUGAUCAUGGCUGUCUCAACAAAUGCUCAAGAAGUUACCUGUGAGGGGGAACAACUCAUCGGUGUUGACAUUUUAACUGGACAUCCAGGUAUCGUUUCACCUUAUAAACCUGGACAUGUUUUAGUUUUUCGCUGCACUGAUGUGGACCUGAAGAUGCACGGACAACGAACGAUUGAAUGCCUGUCAAAUGGAAAAUGGGAUCAGCCAUAUCCGAAAUGUGAAGAAGUUACCUGUGAGGGGGAACAACUCAUCGGUGUUGACAUUUUAACUGGACAUCCAGGUAUCGUUUCACCUUAUAAACCUGGACAUGUUUUAGUUUUUCGCUGCACUGAUGUGAACCUGAAGAUGCACGGACAACGAACGAUUGAAUGCCUGUCAAAUGGAAAAUGGGAUCAGCCAUAUCCGAAAUGUGAAGAGAUUAAAUGUGAAGCUCCACGUGACCAGCAUGUCUAUAGUCCAUCCCAAUACUUCAGAGGAGAUAUGAAACUAGGAGCAAGAAGAUCUUACCGCUGUGAGUCUGGGUAUGAGAAAAUGGCAGCAGAGGCCACAUGUACACGAGACGGAUGGACACCAAAACCACUGUGUGCUGAGAGUGGAUGUGAAGCUCCACGUGACCUGCAUAUCUAUAGGUCAUACGAUUACUUCAGAGGAGAUAUGAAACUAGGAUCAAAACUAUAUUACUCUUGUGAGUCUGGGUAUGAGAAAAUGGCAGCAGAGGCCACAUGUACAGAAGACGGAUGGACACCAAAUCCACUGUGUGCUGUGAUGACAGUCUCAGUGAAAUGUGGGCCACCGCCACGAGUGAACAAUGCAGAUACAGUAGAAAUGACAAAAAAGGAAUACAAUACAGGGGAGAGAGUUGAAUACAUCUGCUUUAACAAAUACAUAUUGGAUCAGCGUCACUCUUUCACCAAAUACUUGACCUGUCAGCAAGGCCAGUGGAGAGGAAAUGUUAAGUGUUUAAAGCCCUGUACAGUGACGAAGGAGUUAAUGGCUGAAAGGGGUAUAGAUUUGGCCUAUGUUAAUAAACAAAAGAUGUUUGCACCACAUAAUGAUCACAUCACCUUCGCAUGUCUGUGGGGCAAAGUUUCAGUAGGUAUUACUGACUUCAGACAAAAGUGUAAUGAUGGAGAGAUGACUUUGCCUGAAUGUGUGUGACAGUGGAAAUAAAACAUAGAUGAAGCAUCAGCUGGACUAUUAAGCAAAAACAAAUGAGCAGAUCAAAAUAAAUUUAUCCCAAAUCAAUUUGUCUGUUUUGGAUUUCUUGCAAGAAAAAGAAAAAAGCAAACAAACAAAAACCUAAAGAAGUACUAAAUAAAAAAUUCUUUAGAUGUGCAAGUAUGAAAAUUAUAAUAACCCUACAUUUUUUUCUAUAAACUGCAAGUCAGUGCAUGUAUUUUACUCAUUGAACAGCCAAAUGAAAAAUUUAUAACCAGGA